AUGGUAAACGGAGUACAGUCAACCGUUCUGGACCUCUCACCGAGCCUGGAGCGUUUGCUUCGGAAAUGUCCGAACCUCCACUCGCUUAACUUCCAAGCGACACACACUUACCUCUUCCUUUCCCCCUCCCCUUCCCUCCUCCCCCUCCUCUCCACCCUCACCCAACUCUCUGCCCCGCUCUUCCACCUCCCUCCCUCCCUCCUCCUCCACCUCCCCUCCCUCACCUCCCUCUCUCUCACACUCCCUGUCGUCCUCUCUCCCCAUCCACACCCGCAAUACACCACUCUCUCAACAGAUCCCAUUCAACACCCUCCUCGUUCAGCCGGGCAACUGACCAUACCAGCAGCAGCCCUGAGUGUCUCAGCAGCCCUGAGAGUCUCACAAGCCCUGAGCCUCCCAGCAGCCCUGUGCUCGCCCGGUCCCUUCCAGCACCUCUCCUCUCUCACGUGCCUGCGACUGGAUCUGGUCCCAUGCCCCGAGGCAACAGUCAGUGAAGCUCUCACUCGCCUUCAGUCAUCUCCAUCGGACCAGCACCCACCUGUGGAGCAGCAGCAGCAGUACCAUCACCAGAGGCAGCACCAGCAACAGCACCACCAGCUUCUCGUUCUCCCCCCAGACAUCUUCACCGGUUUGCACCUCUCUCUCCGCUCACUGCACCUCUCCUCCCCCCUGCCCAUCGUGCCCCCACCUUCCCUGCACGCCCUCUCGCGCCUCACCUCCCUCUGUCUCCACUCACCAGUGCUCACCGCCAAUCCUCCCCUUGCUGCUGCUGCUGCUGCUGCUGCUGCUGCUGCUGCUGCUGCUGCUGCUGCUGCUGCUGCUGCUGCUGCUGCUGCUGCUGCUGCUGCUGCUGCUGCUGCUGCUACUGGGGGGCGAAAUGGCCUCAUGGAAACGGCACGUUUUGGUAGGAAUGGUACCGGUGCUCGUGCUGGUUCUGGCGCUGCAGUGUCUGUCGGAACCGGCGUUUCGAUUGGUCGUGACGUGGUCAUCGGUGGCCGUCGGAUGAACCACAACCACAUCACAACUAGUAAUGGUAGUAGUGAUGGUGAUGAUGAUAACGACAAUGAGCGAGACAGCAGUAGUCAUCUCCCUACCUUCCCUACCUUCGCUUCAUCACACCACUCCCUCCACUCCCUCCUCUCCUCCUUCCCCCACCUCACCCACAUUUCUCUCCAUGCCUGCUCCUCCGUUCCCCCCUCUCUCCUCCCCCUCGCCCCCCACCUCACCACCCUUCACCUCCCCCUCGCCUCCUCAGACCCAGAUCAGGUCAUCCCUCACUUAUCCUCGCUAUUGACUCUCUCACUAGGAGCCCUUGCAGUGCUACAGGACCGCUCCCCAUUCCCACCCUCAUUACAGUCCCUCUACGUCUGCUCUACCCCAUUACCGCCUGCAUUAUCUAUCGGGGCGUCUCCCGAGUUCCUGGCAGCCGUUGAUGGCUUUGAUCCUGUGGCUGCGCUGCAGCUGAAAUACACCAGUGCUGAUCAGCCGAAUAACGCCACUGUUAAUCAGCCACAACACACCACCACUGCUGACCAGUCGAUUUUUGAGUCGACUCAAAAGCCACAACACACCACAACUGCUGAUCAGCAGAAAAACACCAGUGGUAGCAGCCGUGAGGAGGGGUCAAAUUCAAAUCCAGCGGCCAGUGGGGACUCAAGGUCAAAGCCUCCUCCUAUCAGCAAAGCAGGAGGUGCCUAUGGGCUUGGUGCGGUGGAAGUGAAUGGAGGCUUAGCCGCAUCUCCCGAGGCAGACAGCUUGGCUGGCGCUCACAAUCUCAUGGCGUCUCUCUCUGAAGCUCUCGCUGCCUGCCUCGCUCGCAUGCUGGCAGCCCACACGGCUGCUGAAACGUUUCUUGUGGACGUGGGAAAAGGCGUCUUUCAGGAUGCUGCUGUUAAUGCUGCUGGGGGUUUAGCUUCCGCUGCUGCUGCUGCUGCUGGGGGUGUGGCUGCCGCUUUUGCUGCUGAUGCUGCUGCCAAUGGAUCUGCUGUUUCUGAUGAUGCUGGUGCUACUGUUGAUGCGGCUGGCGGUGGUGUUGUUGUUGCUGUUUCUAAUGCUGCUGUCAUUGCUGCUGAUGCUGCAAAUAAUGAAAUCAGGAGCAGCAGCAGCAGUGGCAGCAGCAGUAAUGAUGGUGAUGGUGCGUUCACCAGCAGUGCAAUGGGCAGCAGAGGAAGUGGUGGUUUCCUGGAAGGAAACCAAGAGGGGGACAUGUUCAAUGACAUCAUGGCUGACAUCAGCAUAAGCUUAACUCUUGCAACUCACAGCCAAGAACACCACCGUGUUGGCUCACACUUGAAAGCAGAGGCCGCCAGCUCAUCAUCGCCAGCUGGCGAUUGGGAAACGAGCCGAAAUCAACAAGCCUUUCGGUCCAAUCAGGGGUCACGUGAGGGCGAUUGGGGCAUGGGGCAGAUUCAUCACGGCUUUGACUCAGCUCAAGGCGACCAGGAUGCAGACUGUGAGGAAGAGAGCUUGAGAGGAUUAGACUGUGAGGAGGAGGAGAUAGAGAGCGUGGAGGCGGUGGAGCGGGCGGUGAGGGGGCGGUUUGGGGGGUUCCUGCGGACGGUGAGUGCGGAGCAUGUGACCAAGCAUGUCAAGGGCAAGCUGCCUGAGGAAGCCACGUUAAAGCUUCUGCACUGGUGGACCGAGCAUGUCAGCUGGCCUUAUCCUACUGAGCAGGAGAAGCUGCAGCUGAUGGGGCAGACGGGACUGGACUCACGGCAGGUGAACAACUGGUUCAUCAACCAGCGCAAGAGGCACUGGAACCAGCACAGCAACAGGCAGCGCAAGGGCGUGUAA